CGAUCUCGGCCGCAUCCUCUCGCUCCACCACCGCCAGAACCUCUCUCUACUGCCGGAGCGCGGCCCGCCUCUUGCCGCUGCAUUGUGCUCGAAUCCCGCGCGUGGCCAGCGGUCCCAAGCGACGUCCUCUGUCGUGCCCACUGCCUUGGUUGUCUGUUCCCACGGUCGGUCGGUCAUACCCCCUCAUCCAGCCAUCGAUACUGCCACGGCUGCACAGCAUCUGCAACGCGCAAUAUUGGCACCAGCGAUAAAACCCAAGCCGCUCCGUACUCCUCGGCUCGGCUGCUGAAGCAUUGUCCUUUUCGGCGGCCCGUUGCUCCGCUCUCGCCAACGCAUCCAUCCUAACGCGCCCCGCUCAGCGUCUCGCAUCCGUCUGCCUAUUCAAGACCCCGUGUGCCCACGCCCUUGACCAUGAUGUCGACAUCCUCCACGGGCCCGUCACAGAGCACUCCAUCCAAACCGGAGCCGAGUCCCGCCGUCUUUACAUCCCCGCCUACCUCGCCGUUGGGACCCUCGCCACGCUCGAGCAAUGCCGAUGUUGCCCAUCUCGCCAGCGCAGCCAAUGUCGCCGGAAAGAGCGUAGUGGACGCAGCGAAAAAGAAUAGCGUCGUGAUCAAGGUCGGGAUGGUGGGAGAUAGCCAGAUUGGCAAGACAAGCUUGAUGGUCAAAUACGUUGAGGGCUCGUUUGAUGAGGACUAUAUCCAGACCCUUGGCGUCAACUUUAUGGAAAAGACCAUCUCGAUCCGAAACACAGAAAUCACCUUCAGCAUCUGGGAUCUUGGCGGGCAGCGUGAAUUCGUCAACAUGCUCCCGCUCGUCUGUAACGAUGCCGUGGCCAUCUUGUUCAUGUUUGAUUUGUCCCGAAAGUCCACCCUCAACAGCAUCAAAGAGUGGUACAGACAAGCCAGAGGAUUCAAUAAGACCGCCAUCCCCUUUCUGAUCGGCACCAAGUAUGACCAGUUUGCGACCUUUCCCAGAGAGGAGCAAGAAGAAAUCACCCAGCAGGCGCGGAGAUUCGCCAAAGCCAUGAAGGCAUCGCUUGUGUUCUGCUCCACGUCACAUUCAAUCAACGUCCAGAAAAUCUUCAAGAUUGUGUUGGCCAAAGCCUUCGAUCUCAAGUGUACGAUUCCAUGUAUCGAGGAGAUGGGUGCGCCUAUUCUGGAGUACUGACAGCAGCGCCUUGCGAUCUUUGGUUCUGGCCCGCGGCUGUAUUGUCCGAGAGGAUGCUGGUGGGUGGGGAGGUGUGAAGAGGCAUCUUGAUCGCCGCCUCAUCUCGCCAUGGCCGCUCUGGGACAGUGUGUUGGGCAAGCUCGGUUGGCAGAAUAGACUCAGUCGACAACACAGCUGCCCGACUGCAUAUCGACAUCCAUCGGAUCGUAU